GGUGAAACACUUCAAAAAACCGUUCAGUGAUCGUCCGGUGACUUUCGCUGUCGUUUCUGUCCGAUCUAAUCCUUAUUUCCUAGCUUUCAAAAUUCCAAAUUUGUUGUACAUUUCGGAAAGAUGUCUAGGCCGAUGUGCGACUGCAACAAAAAGGAAGCCCGUGUCCAUGUGAUCUACGUGGGUGGGGCAAUUGGAAUGCUGCGCGACGAUAACGGGGAGCUGGCUAGCGAACCCAAUGUGCUCGCAACUCGCUUCCAAGAGUGUCCCAGCUGCCACGACAAGGAGUACAAAGUGGAUAGCGAGGAGCCUUUUCUAGUGCUUCCCGCGGUGAAGGAUGCGCCAUUUCGCGUACUCUACAACCUGAAGGAGUUCUCUCCACUGAUAGACUCCAGCUGCAUGGGGAUAGCCGAGUGGAAGAUGAUUGUCAAGGAAGUAGGCAAAACCUACAAGGACUUUGAUGGAUUCGUGAUACUACAAGGCACCGAUACCCUGGCUUAUACUGCCUCGGCCCUGGCUUUCAUGCUGGAGGGCUUAAACAAACCCGUCUUGGUCACAGGGGCUCAGAUCCCCAUAUUCGAGGCGCGCUCUGAUGGCCGGGAUAACUUCCUAAAUGCCUUGUUGGUGGCUGGCAACUACAACAUUCCCGAGGUUCUAGUCUUCUUUGGCGGCAAGAUACUCCGCGGAUGUCGUUCCACAAAGAUUAACGCAGAGUCCUUUCACGCCCUGGACUCGCCCAAUUUUCCACCGCUUGGUCGGACGGGUUUCAAAAUCGAGAUCAACAGCAGGCAGAUUUUCCGGCCGUGCAGCGUCAACAAGUUUACGGUGCAUUGCGAACUGGAGAAGAACGUCGGCCUGCUGCGAAUAUACCCGGGCAUAAGUGUGGAUGUGAUGAAGGCCUUUCUCAGCGAACCCAUGAAGGGCGUGGUGCUGCAGACCUUCGGUGCAGGCAACUUUCCGAUACACCAAGAGGAGCUACUGGACCAACUGAGAGAGGCGGUCCUCCGAGGCGUGCUUGUCGUUUAUAUAUCGCAGUGUUCCACGGGCAUGGUGGCGUACAAUAACGAGACGGGCAAGGUGUUCCAGGAGGUGGGCAUAAUACCCGGCUAUGACAUGACCGAGGAGGCCGCCUUUACCAAGCUGGCCUAUGUGCUGUCCAAGCCCGAGUGGGAUCUGCCCAACAAGAAGAAGGUGAUGCUACUGAGCCUGCGCGGUGAGGUGACCACCAACAAGGUGGCCAAGAUCAAUGACAUCGACCUAAUAGAGGGCGUGGCCCGAACGCUGCACAUGGCCUCGGGUACGGAGCAGAAGCAGAUGUGCUCCACCUUCUAUCCCGCCCUGGUGGCCGCCGCCGUCUGCGCGGGUGAUGUGAACAAGCUGGGCGACCUGAAGCAGUACGGAGCUGAUCUGUGCGACACCAACUGCGACGGGCGCAGUGCCCUGCAUCUGGCCUGCUUCCUGGGCAAGCUCAACUGCGUGUGCUAUCUGAUCUCGGCUGGUUGCCCGGUCAAUGUGCACGAUCGCUUUAAUCGGACGCCACUACAUGAGGCCAUCGACACGGACAACCAUAAGAUAAUCCAAACCCUGCUCCAGCAUGAUGCCAAGUUAAACGAUCAGCCGCUGGUACAGGCGGAGAUGCUGCGUGCCCUCACGGAGCGCGGCAAGGUUGCGCGCUUAGAGUCCUUCCGGUUGGCGGGGGCUGAUCUGACGCUGGCGGAUCGGACGGGACGCACGGCCCUGCACUAUGCCUGCCAGUUGGGCAACCAUGAGGUGGUGGAGUACCUGAUGCCACACUACCAGAAUCCAUACGUCAAGGAUGAGAUGGGCAUGACGCCUUUGGACUAUGCCAAGGCGGCCAAUCAUGAGCAUAUCGUGACCCUGAUGCGCUAUAUGGAGAAGGAGAAGGCUGGUAACGACCCUUGCGUCUGUCAAUUGUAGAAAAUAAUCCGGAUUAUCCCAAUAAAAAUAGUAUCUUUCUUUCAAAUUUCAAA